AUGACAUACUGGCUCUAUCCCACCGAAGUCAACCACCUCUCGUUUCGCGCCAAGGGGGCAUCCGUCGCAAUGGCCACCAACUGGAUUAUGAACUACAUGGUCGCUCAAGUGACACCUCCAGGGAUUGACAACCUCGGCUAUCGAUUCUGGAUCAUCUGGGCCGUGAUCUGCGCGUCUUUCAUCCCAACCACGUACUUCUUCUACCCCGAGACGGCGAACCGCACGCUCGAAGAUAUCGAUCGCUACUUCGCAGAGCACCGCAACAUCUUCGUGCAUAGAGAUAAGGUUGCGACACAGCUGAGGCGGCCCGAGCAGUGGGAGCAACUGGAUCGUGAAUUCACACGGCUCGCCGAAGAGGAGAAGAUCCGCAGUGGCCAGGUUGAUGUCGAGGCUGGCGCGAUCGAUAUGGAGAAGGACGGCGAUCGAGUCGUCUAUCUAGAGAAGUGA